AUGGAAAUCGAGGACCACCACCACGUCGCCCACGUCAUCGACCAGUACGCCGCGGACGAGGCAGAACUCACCGAGCUCAGUGAUCGUGAAGAGGAGCUGCAGCACGAUGACGACGGUGAGGUCAGCGAAGAGGAGGAACCCCUUGCGAAGCGACAGCGGAUAUGGCCCGACGUCAACACCGAGCGCGCUCAGCGGUAUCGGCGUGAGGUCGAGGAGAUUAAGGAGACCUUCCGCGACGAGGUCGACGAGUUCGACAUGACGAUGGUGUCUGAGUACGCGGAGGACAUCUUUGAAUACAUGCAGGAGCUCGAGGAGGACGUCAUGCCCAGUGCUGACUACAUGACGGGUCAGACCGAGAUUAACUGGCAGAUGCGACAGACGUUGGUCGACUGGCUCCUCCAAGUUCACUUGCGCUACCACAUGCUUCCUGAGACGCUCUGGAUCGCCAUCAACAUUGUCGAUCGUUUCCUCACAAAGCGCGUCGUUUCCCUCAUGAAGCUCCAGCUUGUCGGCGUCACGGCGAUGUUCAUCGCGGCCAAGUACGAGGAGAUUCUGGCGCCAUCCGUCGAGGAGUUCGUCUUCAUGACGGAGCGGGGAUACUCGAAGGAGGAGAUCCUGAAGGGCGAGCGGAUCAUGCUUCAGACGCUCGACUUCAAGGUCAGCCAAUACUGCUCGCCAUACAGCUGGAUGCGCAAAAUCAGCAAAGCGGACGACUACGACAUCCAGACGCGUACGCUCAGCAAGUUCCUGACGGAGGUCACGCUUCUGGACUACCGCUUCUUGCGGGUGAAGCCCAGUAUGGUCGCAGCGGUUGGGAUGUACACGGCGAGGAAGAUGCUAGGGGGCGACUGGAAUGAGGCGUUUGUCUACUACUCCGGCUUUACGGAGGAGCACCUGCUUCCUGGUCACAAGUUGCUCGUCGACAAGCUUGCCGAGGAUGACUUCGCGUCACAACACGUCUGCAAGAAGUACGCCACGAAGAAGUUCCUGAAGGCGUCGCUCUACGCGGUGGACUGGGCGCAUCUGCACCUACAUGAGACCAUGGGCGAGGAGAUGACGGUCGAGUAA